UACUUGCCGCAUUGAAAAUCUAGUUCUUCUAUUGAAAGGGUGUGUUUUGUCAUCUCGCCUCAUUGUACAUCGAAAAGUAGAUUAAAACAUUUCAAAGACAAGAACAAAAAUAAAAGCCAAGUCCUUCAAGUGCUGUGCUUUUGCUUUGUUAAAAUUUUGUAUAGAUUUUUUGAGUCAAUAAAAUAAGUUUUUGUUAAAAUUUUCCAAAAUUGAGAAAAUGUCGAGAAACGAAUGUCGGAUUUAUGUUGGCAAUUUGCCUCCAGACAUCAGGACCAAGGAUAUCCAAGAUCUUUUCCAUAAAUUUGGAAAAGUAACAUUCGUCGACUUGAAAAACCGGCGUGGUCCGCCAUUUGCAUUUGUAGAAUUUGAAGAUGCUAGAGACGCAGAAGAUGCAGUUAAAGCCCGAGAUGGAUAUGACUAUGAUGGAUAUCGUUUGCGAGUGGAAUUCCCAAGGGGCGGAGGACCUGGUAGUUACCGCGGAGGUGGUCGUGGAGGCGACCGUAGUCGUGGUGAAGGAGGCCGUGGAGGCGGUGGUGGUAGUGGUGGUGGCGGAGGUCGAGGCCCACCAACUAAGCGAUCACAAUUCCGCGUAAUGGUCACUGGAUUGCCUCCAAGUGGAUCGUGGCAAGAUCUUAAGGACCAUAUGCGAGAAGCUGGAGACGUUUGUUUUGCCGAUACAUACAAAGAUGGCACAGGGGUUGUCGAAUUUCUUCGUCAUGAGGACAUGAAAUACGCCAUAAAGAAGCUUGAUGAUUCAAGGUUCCGAUCUCAUGAGGGUGAAGUUUCGUACAUUCGUGUUAGAGAAGACAGCGGUGAAGAAAGAGGACGCGGAGGCGGUGGUGGUGGCGGCGGAGGUGGUGGUGGCGGUGGUGAUUACCGCGAUAGAUCUCGUUCCCGUUCAUAUUCCCCAAGGCCAAGACGACGUGGAACUCCCACCUAUUCCCCAGUACAUCGUGUAUCAUAUUCAAGGUCACGUUCAGACUCCAGAUCUAAUUUUUAAAAGCUAAUUAUUUAAAAAAAAUCACUAACUAAUCUGAAAUCAAAAAUGAACAAACAAAACAAACAACACAAUUUUUUAUUAGACAAAAUUCAAAAGAGAUAAAAACAAGAAAAAAAAAACAUGCACCGUUUUACUUUAAGAUAUUGUAAAAUGUAUUUCUAAUCCUUAAAAAAUCAAAUCAAACAAAAACAGAAAAAACUUACCUACCACAAAAAACCGAGCGAUUUAAAAUCUUAUUAAUAAAUCUAAGUGGAAAAUUGUAGAUUUCUCUGUCCAAGUAAAUCUCCUUUUCAUUUUACCUUCAUGCAUUUAAAUCAAUCUGUUUGUACAUUUUUCCCCAUAAAACUUAAAAACAAAAUAGUAAUAUUAAUACGAAGUCCAAAAUAGAAUAGAAACAAAUCUUAGAAUGGGUAUUUUUAAUUGCUCAUCUUUUAUAUACUUAACGUAUAUUUGCAGGAAUUGAACAAUUACAAUGAGCCACAUUUUUAACAAAAUAUUUAUGUGCCCCCUCCCCAUUCUUUUGCAUAUUAUUUUUAUAUAAUUCAUUUGUUUUAAUAAUAAAAUUAUAAUUGUAAAUUCUAAACAAAGUCAUAAACAUCUUUAACUAUUUAUUAACAAAAACAAAGAAACAUUUAAUUAACAUAUUUUUCUUUUUCUUUCACAAAAAGUGUAUGGAAUUGGAUAGUUUGAUUUUAACAUGUAUGGAAGAGGAUAACGGAAUAAGAAUUAAUAAAAUAAAUAAAAAAGACAGACUCAAGAGAUCUCAGGAUAAAUAUAGGAAAAAAAUAAUAUACAAAAUAAUUAUUCUAAAAUCUCCGGAAGGACUCUGAAUGUGAAUGGAAAACCACCCUGGAUGUGAAAACAGGAGUGCCAAAUUUGUAUCUAAUAAUAUUCUAAAGGAUUUGUAUUUUGGAAACAUAAAAUAGGAUAAAAAAAAUAGGAAAGGAGCAAAAUAUCUCCUUAGGAGGAUUCUUCACACUUCACUUCAUUUCUCCAAUCCACUCCACUCCAUCUCGUGCAUGCGGAUUUUCUGCUGCUUUACCGUUAUUCUCAUGCCUGCUCUCUCGUCCUGCUCUCGAUCUUUCUCGAGACAUUUUGAAUCCUUUGUUUGCCUUCUGGACACUAGGAUUUAAAAAGCAAACCUUUUUUAAAAAAAAACACACUUUUGGAUUUUUGGAAUGGAAAUCGUUCUGUUUCGACACUGGAUUUCUUCUCCUGAUAUUCUCUGCGUAAUUAUGUAGGACGCCGCGGGAGGAUUUUAAAUGUUUCAAAAUUUUUCACUCUUCUCAGUCAAAUUUCAAUUCAAAUAUUUAUGGAUAAAUUUCCCGAAAAAAUAAACACACUUAUCUGCGCGCACCAUGCACUGCACACCUUUCGUUAAAAAAAAGUUUGUAUUGUAUGCUUCGUACAAAUAUCAUCAAGGAUACUCUAUAAAUACUCUUGGAUCCAAAAACCCUUCGCUUUUAUUUUGAGGAUUCUUCUUUGGAUUUUCACAAAUAAAAAAAAAUGUAUGUAUAAAAACAGGAGAGGAAAGUGACUUCCACGAUGGAUUAUGGGAUAAUUUCCAGGAUCAUAUUCACUCACUCUUUCCAAGUUGCAUGCAUGUGGUGUGUACUAAAAUGUAGGUGGUGGUGGUGGGUGGUCUCAGUCCAGUGGUAUGUUUCUUUAUUUUUUUAAUUUUCUUAUUUAAUUGAAUUAUUCUAAAAUGAUUAUUUUCUUUUUUGAAUUAAUUUGUUUUCUUUUUUUUUUUUUGAACAUUAACAAAAAACGCGGAAUAUACAUAAGAAUAUUUAUUAAUCAAUUAUUUUUAAUGCAUGAUUGUAAGAAAGAAAAAAAAGGUAUGUGUAUACUCAACAAAUAAAUUUUGUUUUGUAAUCAUUCAUUAAUUGCUCAAUGUUUGAAAACAUAAACAAAAAACAGAAACUUCAAAGAAUCAUUUUAAAUACUAAAGCUUGAUGAUAGAUAUUUUUGUCGUGUUGAGUGUUUUUAAAUAAAAUCAAUAAAUAUAAUAAAUAAAAAUAAA